AUGGCAGUUCACUUGAAGGAUUAUGAUUUGCUUUGCACAUUCGAUUGCCGAUUUCUGACGAAGGAUGAAACUGAAGCAUCGCUCCGUCUAGCUACAUUGAAUUUCUCGGAGCCAGCCAUUCGUUGGAGAAACGGAAUUACUCGGUUUGCGAGUUCAUAUUGCGAUUUGACUCGAACGGUUUCGGUCUUCAAGAGAGAUGAUGGAGAGCGACGAAUUCUACGAACAAUGUAUGCGAAUGCACCAUAUCAUGAGGAAGUCUGUUCGAGGUUCGACUUAAGGGGAGGUCGUCUUCUCUGCGAUCGCAGAGGCCAGAUCGAGGGUAGUGCCAUUGCUUACAUUGAGGGCUUGGAGGAUAAGAACGUGGACCAGAUUAUAGAGAUUGUUGUAGCGGGAUUCGAUAUCUUGUCUGAACCCGUGCUUAAAAACAUCUACAAGAUCAUCGCAAGUAAAGUCGAUCAGUUUGGAGAAGAGUAUCUAUCGGAAUCUGCAGAGCGGCUUGGUUUUGUUGUUCGUGGAGAUGAUUAA